UCAAACUGGUUUUCCUUAAUGCAGAAUUGUUUUAGCAAAGCAGUAACUAUAUAUACCGUUUCAGACUGAGACAUUAACAUUUUCAUCGAGCUGGGCUGAAAUAAUAACAGGUCAACACAGAUGGAUAUGUCUGCCUACGGGAACAGCCAGUAUCUCCUGGCCAGACCGAUUUACACUCAACCAACUUUUGAAAAGCAAAAUAUGGAGAAAACACCAAAAAAGAAUACCCGCAAAGCUUUCAAAAAGAGGAUACGGAAAACUUUCAGCUGCACAUCUACAAAGGCUGUUAAUAUGGUCAAGACAUAUAUCCCUGUGCUGGACUGGUUGCCAAAAUACAGCUGGAAGUCAUUGUUUGUGCACGAUUUGGUUUCAGGAGUCAGCACAGGGCUGGUUGGUACCUUGCAAGGUCUGGCAUUUGCAUUACUUGCUGAAGUUCCAGUAGGAUUUGGAAUUUAUUCUUCUUUUUUUCCAAUUCUAACAUAUUUUUUCCUGGGAACUUCUAAACACAUUUCAGUUGGGCCAUUCCCAGUGAUCAGUUUAAUGGUAGGGUCUGUUGUUCUGAACAUGGCUCCAGAUGAAAACUUCAUUGUAUACAACACCACAAAUCUUAAUGAAACAGAAAUGAUAAUUGACACAGAAGCCAGGGAUGCUGCUAGAGUUCUUGUAUCAGGAACACUGAGCUUCUUAAUUGGAAUUAUACAGCUUGCGUUAGGAGCUCUUCAGUUUGGCUUUAUCAUAAGAUAUUUGGCAGAACCAUUAGUUCGUGGCUUCACUACAGGGGCUGCUUUCCAAGCAUUUAUCUCCCAAGUGAAACUGAUACUCAAUGUUCCCACAAAUACCUACAGUGGAAUGUUAUCAACAUUUUAUACAAUGAAUGAUAUCUUCUCCAAUAUUUCUAAAACAAACGUGGCAGACCUCCUUGCUGGACUUCUAACAAUUUUGGUAUGUGUGGCGGUCAAGGAAAUGAAUGAGCGGUAUAAACAUGUUCUGCGCAUACCCAUUCCUAUAGAGAUAAUUGUGUCUUUAAUAGCUGCAUGGAUUUCAUAUGGAGCAGAUCUGGAAAAUAAAUAUAAUGCAGGCACAGUAAAGAAUAUUCCAAGUGGGUUCAUACCACCCAUGACACCAGACUGGAGCAUAUUUCCCCAAAUUAUUGGCUCUGCAAUUUCCAUUGGAAUAGUGGCUUAUGCUGUUGCUGUGUCACUGGGAAAGGUUUUUGCCACCAAGUAUAAUUAUGUAAUUGAUGGAAAUCAGGAAUUUGUUGCAUUUGGGGUCAGCAAUAUCUUCAGUGGAUUUUUCUCUUGCUUUUGUGCCACCACUGCUUUGUCUCGAACAGCUAUUCAAGAAAGUACUGGAGGUAAAACUCAGAUUGCUGGUUUAAUAUCUGCUGCAACUGUCAUUGUUACUAUGUUUGUCCUUGGUCAAUUUCUUCAACCUCUACAGAAGUCUGUACUAGCAGCCAUUGUCAUAUCCAAUUUAAAGGGAAUGUUCUGGCAAGCCCAGGAUAUACCUCGUUUGUGGAAACAGAACAAGUGGGAUGCAGCUAUCUGGAUCUUUGCAUGUUUUUCAACCAUAAUUCUGGACCUUGAUUUAGGACUGUUGUGUGGAUUACUGUUUGGAUUAUUUACAGUAAUUCUACGUAUCCAGUUCCCCUCUUGCCACUCCCUUGGAAAUGUUCCUGGAACAGAAAUCUACAGAGAUCUCAAGAAGUACAAAAAUGUUGUUGAACAGGAAGGAAUGAAAAUUAUUCGAUUUUCCAGUGGUAUUUUCUAUGGAAACGUUGAUAGCUUCAAAAAUAGCAUAAAAUCCAUUGUUGAAUUUGAUGCAGUUCAAGUUUUCAACAAGAGAACCAAAGCACAGCUGAAGAUAAGUGACCUUAUCAAGAAAGCACAAUUGAAAGUAACUAAGAAUGGAAUUAUAACAAAUACAUUCACAGAAGGUUCAGAAUCUGAUGAAGAUUCACAACAAAAUGAAAAUCCUGAAAAGGAAAAGAAAGAAAAGGAAUUCCAAGUAGAUUGGAAUUCAGAUCUACCUGUGUUGAAUUCUGUUCCUAAAAUCUUUAUUCACAGCAUCAUUUUUGAUUUUGGACACGUAAACUUUCUUGAUAUUGUGGCAGUGACAUCCCUUAAACUGAUUAUAAAAGAUUUCAAAAGAAUUGAUGUAGAUGUUUACAUUGCAGGAUGUGAUGAUGAAAUUUUUGAGAAAUUGGAAGUAUGUGGCUUCUUUGAGGAUACCAACAAGCCAGACAUCUGUUUUCUAUCUGUCCACGAGGCUGUAAUUUCCAUAUUAAACCAAAUAGAAUGCAGUAGUGAUCAAAAUCUGCCCAGCAAGGCAGCAGUUGUGAAAAAAGAACAUGUUAGUUCAUUAGAACUGGAUUUUCAGGAUGAGGAGAACAGAGUAUGUUCCAGUUUUUCCAGUAUAAGGGCAUCUGGAUCUUCAGCAAGAUCACCUUUACGCUGAACAAAUAUACUUUUGAAUGGAUUCCAAAUUGAUAUUAAUCCCUCUGCUUUGCAAAAAAACACCUUUUACUGUACAUUUAUGUAUAUAGGACAUAUAGUAUACAUACCUCAAAGAUACAAUAUAUAAAUUAAAAAAUAUAUGUGAGAAGAUAAAUAUACGUUACAAUGAUUACUUUUUCUGUAUAUAUAUAUAUAUAUAUAUAUAUAUAUAUAUAUAUAUAUAUAUAUAUAUAUAUAUAUAUAUAUAUACGUAUCGAUGCUACAUUUUAUAUAUUAAAAAUACCUUGAUUUGAAGAGGCUUGGCUUGAAACAAGCAUGGUUGUGUAAUGGAAUAGAAUAUUUUAGGUAUUUACAAGUGUACAAGCGUUUAUAAAUACUGUCAUAUAUGUAAUGUAUAAAUGCUAAUACAUUUAAAAAGAUUCUAAAACUUAAGAUGUUUGGUUCAGUAUGUUUUAUAAAAACGUAUCUAUCUAUCUAUCUAUCUAUCAUCUAUCGCCCUCUUUUUAUGGCCUUCUACCCUUGGGCUACAUAUUUUGUGUAUGCCAUCUUCAUGUUUACUAAUAACAGUAUACACAACAUUUUAUAGUACAAAUUGCAUACUUUUGCUGCAGAUGUCACCUGACACAAGUGUUGUUAUUCAAUAGUGAGCCAACCAUAGCAGUGUUUGGAGCGUGUGUAUGUUUCAGCUAAGUGUUUAGAGGUAUAUGAAGUCUUAAGCUGGUCAUAGACGAGACGUUUUUAUUCUUUGUGCAACAAACACUCGUUCGUUUCAGUCUGAUGAUUUACCAUGGUAGGAAAAACAACAAAUGAUGAUGUUCUGGCCAUUAAUUGACAGACAGCAAUCGUAUAAAAGUAAUGCCCGACAAAUAGUAGUGACAGUAACCCACUGAUAUUAUCAGAUGGGCUAUACAUGCAAAGAUAUUAUUGGUAGCUGAUAUAAAUCUUUUAACCUUUCAUAUCGACUAAACGACUGAUUGCCAUGGUAAGAAAAAUGUUGGGACACUCCACAGAUGAUUAAAAAAAAAAAAAGAUUAAGCAACAAGUGGAGUUAACAAAGGGGAGUGAUUGUAUUAUUAUUAUUUAUAUAGCACAGACAUACAUAUACAUCAUUCCAUGUCCCAGUGGAGUUAACAGUCCCUAUUACAUUCACAUGCACACGGCUGUCAAUUAUGUAAGGAAUUGGUUAACCUGCCAUCAAAAAGAAUGAUAUGUUAUGUGAAAGUCAAGUAUCACAUGUAUGCUCCUGAUAUGUUUAUGCUAAAUUUGUCAUUUUGGUCAUUUUGGUCAUCCUCUUGUAAGUUUACAAAUAUUUUUUCUUCUGCAUACAAGACAAAUGUGCUGUACAUAAUGUCAAACGUGUCAUUGUAUAAUUCAGAAUUUGCUCAAUAAAUGCUACCUGAAUUUAAAAAAAAAAACAUCAAAAACAGUUUAGAUAUUUAUAAUCUAUCCUCAGUUACAUUAUUGUACUGGAUUUGUGAUAAAGUGAUAGUCGCUGCAAGAGUUUGUAAAAUUUGGACAUAGUUUAAGCUAACACAAUACAUUUUUUCAUUUUCUGAAUUCUCUUUACUUUUUGAACGACUUGCAGAAUAGGAGCUUUUCCAAUAAACAAUAUUAAGCAUCUAA